AAAAGUUGCCAAAUGGAGAUAUUGGGUUUCAAGAAGAGUGAGACAGGAGUAAGGGUUUUGCCUUCUUUCAGUCGUCUUUAUGUUAUGCUAAUCGAAAUAAAUAUUUAUGUCUCGACGCUGUUUAACCGUGUCAACGAAUUCUGUCCGACGUUUCUAAAUAGGCGACAACGGAGCUAACCAAGAACAGGCCGAUGUUUACCAGUUAAAACACGGUCAAAUAAGUAGCCCCAGGAGCUGCUUGAUGGAAAUCUCCACGCUCUAGUAAAUUCCACGAUUUGAAAUACGUCUAUUCAGCAAAUCGAGAGAAAUGUGACGUUUUGCAUGCUGGCAGAUGAGCUUAAACACUGUAGAAGACAAGUGGUAGCUUUUACCCCAACAGAGAAGGAGCAUGUCAGCUAGAGGCUGGAAGGACAGGCUUUUUUCUCCUUCUUGUUGUUGUUGUUGUGCUCCAAUUACGAUUCAUUGUCUGUCGAUUUCAGUCUAUUUUUUGGGGGGGGGACGUAAGAAAAAAAAAAUAUAUAUAGCAAACUAUACAUUAACUGGCUUUGUUAAACGACGCCGAAGAUUGAGCGUCGUACCACGACUCGUUAGCGGUUCGACUCGGCACAAAGCUAAGAUUUGGGAGGGUGUUAUAUUGCCAUGUCGAAAUUCAAUUGGAGCAAAAAAAAUGUUUCGACUAUUCUUCGGAUGAGCUGGUUUAGCUAUCUCUUCUUAUACGCCUACUCUGACCACUGGGCGAGUUGUAUUGGGGGGGGGGGGAUGCUAUAUUGUGUGUUUUUAUUUUUGCAUUUAUUGGCCAGCUAGUUGACUUUGAGUUUAAGAUAGCUGCUCGUUUUCCCACAUUCGGCCAAAUUUAUCUAGUAAAAUCUUUGAUAUUUCCAAGCCAACUGGAAGGUUUUGUUUUUUGACACUGUGUGUGAAUUCGCACAGUUAAACGUUAUUUGACACGUAUAAAUGCAAAUGUUUAGUGGUGCUAGCUCGCCGCUAUGGCAUAAAAUAAUCCCAAUGAAAUGGGCAGAGGGACAUUAUAAAGCUGCGGUUAGCUAGACGCCGACAGAUCAUUUUCAACUAAUCUUUCGUUAACUAACAAUACUUGAAGGGACCAUCCAAGAGCGCGUAUAUCAGUUUAAUUUGUGAAGUAAAAUGUAUUGUUUUGUUUCCUUUUUUUGGGGGGGGGGGUGGGGUGGAAAACUGCAUAUAAAGUGCCACGCGUAUCUGCGUAUGCCACAUGUUUUGUUAAGGACAAACUAGCAGCCCAACUAUAGAAAAUGCAAGUAGUUUCGUCAUUUCGAAACGGCCUGUUAAAUCUGAUUAACCAUAGUCGUGUAAUUCCCUUUACAUGGAACUACUCAAUUGUAGCUGAGACUGUCGCAUUGUUUUGAGUCUCGUCAUCAGACUUUUCUUUCUCAAAUAAAGAUGGUGGCGGAGUCGCCAUUUUGUUUCAGACUUGCUACAUUUUUCCAGACUGACACCGGAGUACGAGGCUACAUCACUGACUGGACACAAUGUAUCAGAUUUGUAAUUCGACAUGACAUCGAAUGAAUGAUACAAAUAGCACAGAAAAUAAAGGGUGGUUAAUGAAUGAUUCCAUGCCCGCUGUCAGAAAGCUGUGUCAUGGAUGAUGAGGACGAUCGCCGUCUUCUGGAUAUUAUAGGAGAUGUGCAGGCAUUGAAUGACUACCUCCACGGCUCCACCAACAAGUCUAUUGAGGAGGAUGAUGUGACGAACGCAGCGUACGGCUCUGCUGGAACCUUCUUCACUAGUAACACUGCUGGCUCUAACUCCGGCCUCAAAGAUGGCGAGUUUGAGGAUACAGCGGGGGCUGGCCUCCAGCUUUCCAGCAGCCUAUCGUUCAUCGAGGAUGAGCUGGGGGGAGGAGCCUCUCCAGGAGGAAUGGAUCUUGGAGGAGGAGAGGACCAGCACUUUGACAUCCUGCAGAAGUCUCUCAUGGAGGCAGACAUCACUGAACAGACUCUGGAACAGGAGGCCAUGCUAGACUCCCAACCACCUCCCCCUCCGGCCCCCUCCCCAUUCCCCGCCCAGCUGGUCUCGGGGGGGUACAGCGGCGGGGUCACCACGGCGACAGCAGCGUUUCCCAGUGGUCAGUUUCUCCAGGGAGUAUCCCAGGUGUCCCAGCUGCCCAACGGCCAGGCAGGGGGGCACAUCCAGGUGUUGGGGUCCUUCGGAGGUGGAGGGGUUCAACAGAUCCUCCUCCGGCAGGGUGGGGAGAUCGGGGGGGUGAUGGGUGGAGUAGCAGCAGGGGGGCAGGUGUUUGCCGCCUCCUCCCAAGUGGGCCAGGUGAACCAGGUGGGCUUGCCCUUUAAAAACAUCCCCCUGCAGAAUAUCAUCAUCCAGAGAGGACCAGGGGGCACCCAGGCCCUGGUCAGACCUAUCCAGCCCAAACCCCUUCAAGCUGGGGCUCAGACAGUCUACAGCCUGGGACUCCAGACCACAACCACCACCAUGGUUAACACUGCGGCCCAGGGACACUACACAGCUAACGGCUCCAUCCUGGUCCACUCUCCGCUGGGGCAGCAGAACCAGGGACAACAAGUCCAGGCCAAUCUGGCCCCAGGGCAGUACCUGGUCCACCACAAUGGCUCCUCAGACCCAUCCCAAUCAACCAUGGUAGCCAAUCAGAACACAGUGCAGCUUGUCACCGGGCAGAACUUCACGGCGACGGCGGGUGGUCAGCUGAUCCAAGUGGGAGGCAGUCAGGUGGGAGUAGGAGGAGCCAUGACCCAAAAAUGGCAGACUUUUCCUGGUACUAGCCCUGCCCCCAUCCAGGCGGCAUCAAAUCAGGGGUGUCUGACGCUGGUUGGCACAGCGACCGCAGGGGUUCGGGGUCAGGUGUCGUGCAGCCCAGUGCAGCGCCUCGCAGUGACUCAGAACAGCAGCUCCCUCUCCCCCAUGUCUCUCUCUGGUACUGGUACUGCCACACAGGAUGAGGAAUACUCACAGGCUCAGACACAGCUUGUCAACCUCCUUGGAAACAAAGCUGUGAAUACAAUGACCUCCGUGAGCCAAGACUCCCUGCUAAACACACAGGUCAGCGCUCAGAAGAGGCAAGCCCCUCAGCAGCUCACCAGAGGAGCAAUGAUGCUACAUCAGUUGACGAUGGAUCGUUCAGGGGUUCUGUCACCUGACAUCACCCGCUUCACCUCAUUGGACGACGCACUGCACAGACUCCUCCCCUACCACAUGUUCCACGGUGCUCCGCCCAACAAGGAAGAGUUUUCUCAAGUGGAUGAUGAGUUUGAGACGAUGGCGACUCAGGUGUUGAAGAGGACCCAGGUUAUGAUCAACAAAUACAGACGACUGCUGAUGGUGGAGGCUGAGCGCUCCAGUCCCUCCUCAGAGAUGGUGAUGAUUGACAGGACCUUUAACCAAGAGGAACGGCAGAACCUGACACAGGACAAACGUAUGAUACUGGUUGACCCAGAUGGCUUCUUGGAAGAUUUCUGUUGUGCGGUGAAGCCGUCUCUCCUCUCUCCCCCCUGCCUCCCCCUGGACCCUCUCUCCUCCCCCUCGUCCAGCCAUGGCCAUAGACAGUCAGUGGGGGGGUUGAACACAGACUCCCCUCACAGGACAGACCCCCAGUCAGGCUAUGGAGACCCGGGGGGAGGUAGUGGGGGAGGAGGAAAAGACUCUUAUAAGAGUAUCAUUGACCUGAAGAGAACUCAACAUAGCAACUAUGGAAACAAAGCUGCUUGUAGCAACAACAACAACAGCAACUAUCACCUUGGAAACGUGGCUGCUACGGCCACAGCGGCAGUGUCGACAGGGACGGAACAGACUCAGCACCUGUCUCACCUGCCCUCUCACCCCCAGGUCCCCCUACCACUCCCUCCCACCCCGCCCGACACAGACUCGGUUCUAGAGGCAGCCGUCAACAGCAUUCUAGAAUGUUAAGAGACUGACAGGCAGACGUGCCCAUCACUCUAUCCUUCCAUUCCUCCAUCUCUCAUCCUCCCAUCCUUUCCCCUCAGCUCGCUCCAGGGAUUACAUGCUUGUUGUUUAUUUUCUCCUUCUCUCUCUCAUUGUCAGUCCACUUCAACCAGCUCUGAGUUAGUUACAGCCAUAGAAAUAUAAUCUAGAUUGUAUUUCUAUGGUUACAGUAUUAUAUUUACUGUAGGACAGCCAGGUGUCAUGAUCUUUGUGACAUCAUAUCCUGUUGGGUGUGAGUGGGAGAGGAUGCAAAGAUUGUCUAUUAUAUUGACAAAAUAGUCGAUUGACUGCUCUAACAAUGGAAAUACAUGUCCUCUAAGAUGGAAGGCAGGUGGGAGGUGGCGAGAUCAGGUAGGACUAUUUUAGCCAAUGAGAGGGCAGAUACGUGUGUGAAUAACAGGCCAUAGAGAUAGAUGGAGGACUCAUCUCUGUAUCUGUGCCAUCAUAGCGUCUGUGACAGCAUGGGCAGCGCCAUUGAGGCUAUUUCCAUUUUAAAGUAGUACAUUUUCUUCUUCAUUAGCCGAUUGCUUCCAA